ACUCUGUUACAUCUACUUCAAAAGACUGCGCUCAUUUUAAAAAGUUUACCAGUUUAUCUAUGAUGAAAACAGAAAAAUUAAAUUGUGACUGCGUUCGGGAAACCACCUUUUGGUUUUACCAUGUUACCUAUAUUGCCCAAAAUAUUUUUGGGCCUCGUUAUGAAAAUUUACUCAAAAAUUUAAAGUUUAUAUCGAUGCCCUCAUAUAAAACAUGUCCCUCAAAAAAUUGAAAUUGAAAUGUUUGGCUUUCAUUUUUCCACAGGCUGGAAUCAUUCGAGGAGUUGUUUCUUUUAAAUCGUGAUCGAUUGAUUUCACAGGAUGUACAAGGAUUACGUACCGAAGAUUAGUAUUUACCUUGGAGUUUAUUUUCAUAUUUACAACAGAAAUAAAAAAAGAAUAAACGUUAAAUGAGAAGGGCCACAAAAGUAUAUCUAUAUUUGAAUUCACAAUAAAAAUGACAUGUCUGUAUGAAUGAGAUGCUCAGCAAUACUGGGAAUAUACCUAUAGUAAAUUCAUUAUCGUUAUCUUCAGAUUUUCAGUACUUCAAUUUUAUCCAUAAAUAUCGUUCAAAAAGCCUAACAAAUAUAUCACAUUCACAACAUGAAAAUCUAUCUCAUGUCUAUUUGGUUACUGCUGCUACUACUGAUGAUAUUAAAGUAAAUAAUAGUAUUCGCAGUAUUGGUUACAGUGGUAAAAGUAGUGAAAACAGUUAUGAACACAGAAAUGUACACAAAAGUAAUACGUCGAGCUUCAAGUCUAAAAUCAACCAGGCUGAUAGUUUCAGUAUUGAUUCAGAUUCUCAUCUGAUAACUUCAUAUAAUGUAGAUAGUAUUAGAGAUCAAUAUCCGUCUUGUCUUGAUAAUAAUUAUGAUGAGACUAUUAAUCGUUUAACAGCAUUAUAUAACCCAAAUCGAAAAUUUUAUUGUCGUGAGUGGCUAUGGGAAAAAUUAAUGAAAUAUUUAACUAAUAACCAAGAAUUGAUAUCUGAAGAAAACAAUCGAGAAUAUACUUGUACAAACAAUGAAAGUUGUAAAGAUUUCGCUUGUAAACUGGUUAUUUGUGGUGAAUCUGGAUCUGGAAAGACUAGUAUAUGUCGAAAAAUUAUUCAAACUAAAGCAAAUGUAUUUAAACAAUCAAAAAUGAAUGAUACUAGAAUUAUUAAUGGUUUAAAUCAAACGUUUAAUACAUGUGAACAUGUGGCUGCACGAAUGUUGGCUUUUCAUCUUUGUGAUGCUCGAAGUAAGAAAUCGCUGCAACCUGAACUUUUCAUAAACUCAUUACGAAAUCAAUUAUUAUCAGACAAAAAUCCCAUCGUUAAGGCUUUUAAAAAUUCACUCAAUAACAACAUUGGUGGCGGCAAACUAAUCGACAAAACUUCAGCUAGUGACGCAUUUUAUUAUGAGAUCAUUCGGCCAUUAAGGAAUAUAAACAUUUCACAUCUACCUAACUGCUCAGAUACUAACCAGUCAUCAACUGUAUCUGGUUAUAACAGUCCACGUUUCUUUAUCUUAGUUGACGGACUAGAUGAAAUUUAUACAUCUUUAGCUAAAUUUAAGGUUACAAGUGAUAAAGCAUUAUUUACCAACAGUUCUAAUGAACAUGAUGCUAAUCGAGUACCAGAUGGAAGUAUUUUAGAGAUACUUGCAAAUCAUGCUCAUCUUUUACCUGAUUGGUUGAUUUUAAUAAUUACAUGUAGACGUAAAUAUCGAUCAAUUGUUAAACAUAUGUUUCCUGGAAUUAAAACGAUUGCCAUAGAUGAUCUACGUAAACCAAUGAUUGCUCAAGAUGUACAAAAUUAUAUGAUGAACAGAUUUAUUGAUGAAUCUAUUCUAUGCCCAAAUGAAGUGAGAGCAGAUAUUAUGCAUUUACUUCGAAUUAAAAGUAGUGCAUGUAUGCUUUAUCUGGAAACUGUACUAGAUUGGAUUCGAGAUGAAAAAAUUACUCUUCAGGAUAUAGCUUCCAUUCCAGGUACCCUAAAUGGUUUAUUUCUUUGGAUAUGUCAAAGUAUAUUUCCUGUAAAUAUGAAUGAAUGUCAAAAUAAAUCAUCGUUUACAACAAUUAAACCGUUAUUAAAUAUUAUUUUAGCAUCUUGUGAACCAUUAUCUAUUAAUUCACUGUACUCCAUAUUAAUUGUUUCAAAUCCUAAUUUAAAAAAAUUUAUUUAUUACCAUCAAAUUGAACAACUGAAACCAAUAUUAUCCCUGUGUUGUGGAUUAUCACCUAAACAUAUAACAGAUAAAGAAAAUGAUACUUUAAUUUUCCAAAAUUCAGCAGUUGUACAGUUUUUUCAUGAAGUAUUUGCUGAAUGGUUAAUUGAUGUGAAACAUUGUACUUCCAACUAUUUAUGCAAUAUGAUGGAUGGUCAAAUAUUGAUUGAAAAAGCAAUGAGUAUCAAUAAAUUUAAUUUUAUAGAUGACAAUAUUCAAUUUGAUGCGUCGUUUUUUGACUCAUUUAUUAAUAAUAAUGAAACUGCUAAGAAUCAGUUAAUGUCUUUAGAAGAAUAUCUACUUGCAUGUAAAUCAAAUAAUAAUGACAAUAGUAAUAACAGUAGCAAUUUUGACGCUUGUAAAACAAAUUUUCUGAUGAAAAGAAGUAAAUCAGUUGAUAAGUCAAAUUUAAAUUUGAAUUACAUGACGAAUAUACUAGAUUGUGCAACAGUGUCAUCUGAUUGUCAUCCACUCAUAGAUGGCAAACAUCAGAAUCACUUGAUUACUGUUGGUAAUAAUAAUCAUGACAGUGAGACGACGAGAUAUGAUUAUUCAGUUUAUUCCCAAAAGCAACAACAAGCUGAUGAUGAACUGUAUAAUUUAACUGUAUCAAUGGAAUAUAAAAAGGUUCCAAGUGAUAAACCAUCAACGAUUUGUAAUGAAUUAAUAUCAACGAUUAGAUUAGGCCAGUAUGAAAGUGUUAGGUCAUUACUUGAGUCAGAAGUUAAUCCGAAUACAAUAGAUCAAGAUGGUUGGUCAGCUUUAAGAACGGCAGCAUGGGGAGGAUAUUCAGAUAUUGUGAAGUUGUUAAUAUAUUAUGGAGCUGAUGUAAAUUUAUCUGGACCAGAUGGAAGAACUGCACUACGCGCUGCUGCAUGGGCUGGAAAUUUGGAAACUGUCAAAUGUUUACUCGAUGCCGGUGCUGAUGUUAAUAAGUCAGAUUCUGAAAAACGUACUGCUUUGAUUGCUGCAGCUUAUAUGGGACAUACAGAUGUUUUAGAAGCUUUACUUAAAGCUGGUGCUGAUGUGAAUCAUUCAGAUUCAGAUGGUCGCACUGCAUUGCAUGUUGCAGCUUUUUGUGUACAAAAAUCCACUGGACACUCAGAUAUUGUUGCCUGCUUGUUAAAUCAUGGAGCAAACCCUAAUUUACCAGAUAGUGAAGGUAUUACACCAUUACUUGGUGCAUCUAACAGUGGUAAUUAUUUAGUAUGUGAGUUAUGCCUUGAAUCUGAUGCAGACGUGAAUAUGGCAGAUAAAUCUGGACGUACUCCUGUUAUGUUGUCCGUUUUAGGCGGUCAUACCGAUAUUGUACGCUUAUUGUUGUUUUGGGGUGCUGCAGUUGAUAUAAUGGAUUAUGCAGGACGAUCAUUACUAAGUAUAGCAGCACAGAUUAAGAAUGCACAAAUUGUACAAGAAUUACUUGCACGUGGUCUGGAUGAAGCUCAUAAAGAUCAUUCAGGUUGUACUCCAUUACAUUUAGCUGUCGAUAACUUGAUUACCAACGAGUUCUCUACAGAAAAUGUAAACAAUCGAGAUGAAUGCUGUGAAGAAGUGGUGCGCCUGUUGUUAGAUGCCGGAGCGAAUUUAGAAGAAACCGAUAAUACUGGCCGUACACCCUUACUUGUAGCGUGUCAAGCAAAUAAUAUGAAAGCUGUACAAGUUCUUUUAAAUUACCCUACUAACGAUCCUUCAACUUGCAGAAGUCCAACUCAUUCGGGUUCGUCGGAAUCACGACAACAACUAAAUCCAACCCCUUCGCACUUACAUUUGCCGCAUUCGUUUCAUCCUUGUAUUAAUAAUGCUUCUUAUGAUGGUCAAACACCUUUGCGAGCUGCAGCAUUUCAUAAUAAUCAUGAUAUGGUGAAGUUGCUGCUUUCAUACGGUGCUGAUCCAGAUCAUCAGGAUGCUUACGGUCGAACUACCCUUUACAUGUUAGCUUUAGAAGGCCAACUUGAUAUGGCUGAUUUACUUUUACACUGUCCAGCUCCUGGUGCAUCAUCACGUCCAGGCUCAAGUCGAUUAAUUGGAGCGAAUCCCGUUUUAUCAGAUGAUGAAGGACGUUUCCCACUUCAUGUAGUUACAUGGCUUGGGAAUGUUAAUUUUGUUCGUAUAUUGUUACAGGCUGGAACACCAGUAGAUAUUCGUGAUCGAGAAGGUAGAACACCUUUACAACUUGCAGCAUGGCAGGGUCACGCUGAAAUAUGUCAUAUAUUACUGAAUGAAGGAAAUGCUAGAGUGGAUGCAGUUUGUAGUCAAGGCGCAACAGCUUUAUGCAUCGCUGCACAAGAAGGUCAUUUGAAUGUUUGUAAAGUAUUACUACAUGCUAAUGCUAAUCCAUCACAAACUGAUUCACAUGGACGUACACCAUAUCGUGUUGCACUGAAGGCAGGACAUUUAGAAAUAUGUAAACUUUUAGAGUUAUGUCAAUCUAGUUCCAAUAUGGUCAAUAGUCAUUGGACAAAUAAUAGCCAUCAUGAAUUUUAUCAACACAAACAAAUAAUCAAAGACUUAAAGAACAGACGUGAUUCGGACAAAGUUGCACAGCAUUCAACAAUUCCACAACAGAACUACUCAUUACAAAGUGAACAAAUUCCAUCAGAUAGUCUUGACAAUAUGGAUAGUAGUGAAUUUCAUAGAUUAAGAAAUAAAAUGUUAAAUCAAGGUGUUUCAUCCCAUCAACCUAUGAAUUUAUCGAAAUUGUAUUACGAAGAUGAUGAUCCAUAUGCAAGACCACCUGAAUUAUUGACAGCAGGAUUUGUACCGUCGAAAACAACUGUAGGUGGUGGCGGACAAUUUCAAACCUCUAGCUUACGUGAUAAUCUUCUUAUGUCCGAAGUGAAAGGAAACUGCAACCAAGAUAUCAAUCUGAAAUCCGGUUAUCCAGUAGAUCAAAGUCAUCAUCCGGUUGAAAAAAAAUGGAAUAAUCAAAAUUAUUAUCAUCCACAACCUUGUAGUACACAAAUUAAUCAUAUCCCGGCAUCUUGCAGUUCAAAUUCUGGAUAUCCUUUACAGAUGAUAUAUCCCAGUGAAAGUAAUCACCUUCAGGGUAGAGUAGAUCAAUCCCAAAUACCAGCUGUUAAUUUUGUUCAGUAUAAUCCAAUGAUGUUCCCAGCUUCAGCUUAUUGUCAAAAAGAUUACCAUCCCAUAAAAAAUCAAUUCACUUCGCAUCCAUCAAUCGUUGUUCCAACGAAUAGAAAGCCCAAUCUAUCAAUUGUAAAAUCCGAAGUACCUGUUACACAAGUUCCUAAAGAUGCUUUACAGAAAACUACCCAAGUAGAUGACAAACAAUUUAAUUGUAACAGAAAUAAUAAAUAUUUGCUGAAUAAUCAAAAAAGUAUCCAUUUUUUAUCUAAUGAAUACAAACAAGUACAGAAUGCAGAUAAAGAAACCUUUGUAAAGCAUAAAAAGUUAUUGUCAAGUAAGUUAGAAUGUUUUGGUGGUCCAAGCUCAUCGAGAGGACGACAAAUAAAUCAACGUAAUAAUAAUAUUACUAAUAAUUCCGACAAUAGUGAUGAAUUGUAUACAGAAGAUUGUAAAAGUAUGUUUUUUAAAUCAGCAGUUGCCAGAGUAUUCGGUUUCGGUAGUAAAAAACAUAAAAAAUCAACAAAACUGUCCUCGGGAAAACAUGAAUCUCCAGUACUUGGUUCAGGUGCAUUAUAGAAUGGAUAUUAUUAUGUUGAUAUUAAUCAACCAAUUCUUAUUAUGAAAAAUAUAUUUCGAUCACGCAGAAAGUUGGAUCAGGAAUACCAACGAUGUUUGACGAUCUGUUGUCUGUCUAUUUUUUUCCAAUUAAUUCGUCGAAUUUGUCUUUUAAAUUCAUUUUGUAAAAUGGAUUUACUUUCGUUUGAAAAAAAAGAUUUACAAUAUGUAUAAGCAAUAAAUCUUUUUAAAUAAAUUAAGAAAUGAACUCUGUAAGAAUGUGUAAUCUAAUUAGGGAGAGUUCUAUUUUGCAAUGAGUUCACUAACAAAAUCAGCAUUUAUUUAUUGAUUAUUCAUUUGUUUUCUUUUAUUGACUUUUGUUUAUAAUGUUCAAAUGAAGAUGCAUUAACGAUUAUUCAGAGCAUUCAAAAUUAUCUUGUACAAAGUAAUAAAAUUAAACAAUUAGCUGCAUUUUUU